CACUCUCUAAUUGACGUCGCUUCCUGCCCGCGCACCCGUGUCGACUGAUUCAUUUAUCUCACCUUCCCACCGACUUCCGGAUUCUCAUCAAGAUGGUGGGCCCGAAUGUUACUCUAACGCCCCUCAGCCGAGCCGAUGGUUCGGCUUCCUACCAGUGUCCCUCGACCGGAUCGAACAUCUUGGGGUCUGUCAACGCCCCGGUUGAGCUUCCUGGACGCCGGGAUGCUUUGAAACCCGAAGAAGCGACCGUGGAGGUAUUCGUCAAGCCCGGAACCGCGCCCGCCGGAGUUGGUGAACGAUACGUGGAGGGCAUCAUCAAGACCAUGAUCUCUAGGUUGAUCUUGGGGCGAGAGAAAGGAUAUCCGAGGCGAGGCGUCGUCAUAACACUCGCGAUUGUUGGGGGCCAAUCUGCACGGAGAGGAGAUUCGUAUCUCACAUUACUCCCUGCGCUCUUGAAUACAUCUUUAUUGGCCCUUCUCUCUGCUUCCGUGCCGAUGUCCAUGACGUUUUCCGCCACUUCCCUCGCCGUAACCUCCACCGGGGACAUUCUUCGCGAACCGACCGCUGAAGUUGCCAGCUCGGCAGCGUCGGUCCACGUGCUGGCUUUCUCAUCCAAGGGCCAUCUCCUACUGAACGAGAGCCAAGGAGCGUUUGACCUUGAUACCUGGGACAACGUGCGGGAACGCGCUUUGGCCAUCUGCCGCGGGACGGCGUCUUACGGAUCCGACGGAGAUGUCACCAUGAGCGUGGACGUGGACGGACAGCCUCUCGAGGGAACGAUCCGCGAGGCGGUCGAAGACCAGGUCCACCGCGACUAUGCCUGGAGCAUUGAUGCGGUGUGACGGGAUUUCCCAUACGAUCGAAUCUGCGACCAUAGGGCCCCCUUCGGCGGUUUCUACGCAUACAUGCUGACCGCCAUGAUCCGAAGAGCGACUGUUAUGCAGUCUUUCUUGCUUGCAGGUGGUGCGGGCACAGCCAAUAGUUUGUCACACUUGGGGCACCCUUGGCAGUACAGGCAUCUCACGGCACAUGCUCUAGUGCCUUGUAUUUUGGGAUGUCCACGGCAUAUUCUGGAACCUACUUCCCAGUCCGACAGUGGAUACAUCACCAAACCAAUGGAGACGCCCUAAGUUUUCUGAGGCGUCUUUUUUUUCCCCUUCGGUUAAAUCAUGGAUGACUGGUGAAUACACUACUGCAGUCGGACAAGUCUGAGCAAAAUGCACCGACAAUGCGCG